CUUUUGCUCGGGCUAAGUGGAAAUCAAGGCGAAGCAAAAGCAUUCAUUCAACCAUAACUAAAGAAGAAACGUUAAUUUAACUCUGCAAAAACAUGAUUUGGAAAAGGAAUAGCGAGAAGAAUCAGAGCAGGUGCUGCAAUGGAACAGAUUUUCAAAGAAUUCUCCCCACCGGAAUCCAUUGCUUCUCUGGUAGGCGCGAACGUGCAGUCAUCAUCUUUCUCUUCAUUUUCGUUGCUUCUAUAUUAUCAGGUGAUAUUUAUCGGAAACUAAUUAUUCACUCUAAUUCUAUAAGAAGCGGAGUCGAAAAAACGGAGUUUCCCUUGCAGUGCAAUACAGGAAAACAAACACAAGAAUGUCCAAUGGACUACCCGACCACACACAACCCCGCUAAUAUUCCUGACCCUAAAUCAAGCAUCAUAUGCCCGUCAUACUACCGGUGGAUCCACGAGGAUCUACGGCCCUGGAAGGACACCGGAAUCACCAGGGACAUGGUGAAAGAGGCUCGUAAGACUGCUCAUUUCAGGCUGGUGAUUAAGAACGGGAAGGCAUAUGUAGAAAAGUACAAGAAGUCAGUUCCAACUAGGGAUGUGGUUACUCUCUGGGGAAUCCUCCAGCUCUUGAGAUGGUACCCCGGAAGAUUGCCCGACUUGGAACUUAUGUUUGGUUGUGGUGAUCUCCCCGUGGUUCCAUCCCAUAAAUUUAAGGGUCCAAAAGCUCGUCCCCCACCAUUGUUCCGAUACUGUUCCGACGAGAGGAGCUUGGACAUCGUCUUCCCGGAUUGGUCCUUCUGGGGGUGGGCAGAGACAAAUAUAAGGCCAUGGAAGGAUUUGUUGGAGAACAUCAAACAAGGUAACAAUAGGACCACAUGGAAGGAAAGGGCGCCCUAUGCUUAUUGGAGAGGAAACCCAAGCAUGGCAGUAACAAGGCAGGACCUUAUGAAGUGCAAUACCUCUGAUAAAAACGAUUGGAAUACCCACCUCUAUAUUCAGUUGUUCCAUGAUUUUUGGCCCUCUGCUAUACGUCUGAUGGCAGUUUUCUCAGAAUUGGAAGUUGUUGCGUUGGGGACUGGAACGAAAUGCAUAGGGCGCUCCCUCUUGAGCCCGCGCGGUGACAUUGUGAAUGACUCGCAUGCUGAAAUCAUCGCACGCAGAGCUUUAUUGAGGUUGUUCUAUGCAGAGAUUAAACGUAUUAAUGAUGUUUUGAAUAAGCAUGGGCAUAAACAGUUACAAGAUGAUGAUAUGGAGAGCUCGUUUCUACAAUUGGAUCCGGAGGAUCCUGGCCAUGGAAAAUACAAACUCCGAGUGGGAUGGAAAUUGCAUUUAUACAUAUCACAAUUGCCAUGUGGAGGUGCCUCGCUUAGUUUACAAUUGCCGGUUCGAAGAAAUACAUCUGCAGAAGAAGCAGAAUCUCCAUCUUCAAUGGCUCUGAAUCAUUGCUCCACACUCAAUCUUUUGGAAGCUUCAAAAGGAAACAAUGGGGAUGGCACUCAACUCUUUGGCUUAGUUCAAAGGAAACCUGGUCGUGGUGAUAUGACAUUGUCAGUUAGUUGCUCUGACAAGAUAUCUCGUUGGAACGUUGUUGGAGUUCAAGGUUUGGCAGAGAAAAAUACAAGGCCAUGGAAGAAUACGUUGAAGGAUAUAAAAGAAAGUAAUAAGAGAAUCAAAUGGAAGGACAGACUGCCCUAUGCUUGCUGGAGUGGUGAAACAACAUUUGCCCGGAUCAAGAGGGACCUUGUUAUGAAGUGAAUGUCUCUGAAGAGAAUGACUGGAACACCCACGUCUAUGUCCAAGAUUGGAAACAGGAAAAAAAACUGGCGUUCAAACACUCAAAUAUAGAAGACCAAUGUACCCGCAGAUACAAGAUAUAAUUAGAAGGAUGGGCAUGAUCUAUCAGUGAAAAAUAUAUUCUAGCCUGUGAUUCUAUGACCUUGUACAUAAAAUCUAGCUACUUCGACUUCUUCAGGAGAGGGAUGCAGCCACUACAGCACGAUUGGCCUAUCAGAGACGACACCAUGUGUGCUUCACUCAAGUUUGCCGUUGAAUGGGGCAACACUCAU